AUGGGUGCCAAGCUGCAGCAGCUGAUGGCGCGGCUUCACCUGGCCCGGGGCGUCGCCGGCGUGCCGAGAGGCCACUUCGCGGUGUACGUGGGGGAGGCGCGGGCGCGGUUCGUGGUGCCGACGGCGCACCUGAAGCAGCCGUCGUUCGUGGCGCUGCUGGAGAGCGCGGAGGAGGAGUUCGGCUUCGAUCACCACUGCCACCCCGACGGGCUCACCAUCCCCUGCUCCGAGCGCGACUUCGCCGCGCUCCUCCGCAGGCUCAGCUAGCUAGCUAGCGAGCUCCAUG